AUGGCGACCAUGGACGAUGGCAGCAGGACGAGGGACAUAUUGCCCUCGAUCAGUCAUUUCGAUCUGGAUAGGAUCAAUUCCGAAAAGAACGAUCACUCCAGGUUUUCCAUGAUGAACGGUCUGAGCAUUUCUACUGCGCCCUUGGCCAGUCCGACCACGACAAUGUAUUCCGGACCACCUCCACCAUAUUCGUGUGCGUCUUCGACAGCAGGUUCUGCUUCUGGAUUGUCCGGCUACAUCUCUCCACCCGAGUCCACCACGAGACGCUCCACCCGGGAUGAUAAGGAUUCCCCCGGUCUUCGCAAGUCUCUACCAUCCAUUCAUGAGGCCCUGGCGGACAAUUCGAUAUCGUUUCCCGCCCCGUUAUCCUCUUCGUCACAACACCAAUCUCUUGCCACUCCUUCGACAGCGGUGGGCCAAUCCUUCACAGAAGGCCCGAGACGCCCGGUCAAUCCGUUUUCGCAGCCAUCGUCCGGGCCUCCCGUUCUACGAGAUGUGUUUGCCGGUACUCAUAAGAGUGCCUCUGGACCGGUGGACACACAGACGACGAGGUCAUCUAUGUCUGCUGGGACCGCCCCUGAUCCACGUCAGCCAGCGUCGCAGCAUUUUAGUUAUCCCACUUCGCCCCGAUCCCAUCCACCAUCAUCUUUCCGGUCUUCUUCGCUCACGAAUACUUCAUUUAACAACCACAACGAACAUCCCCCCGCGAGGUCUCCCCAAGCCUAUGAACAGCCGCGACCGCCGUUUCCAUUUCCGCAAAUCGCGAAUCCCGCACCUUCCAACUACCCUCCGGCGCAUGAACCAUUUCAGUUCUCCGCAGGACAGAAACCGGAAGACACGCGAGGGCCUCAUCCGAGACCAGAUAGUGACAUUCACUAUAGUGACACGGUAAAGAGGCAUUUAGACGUUUUCGAUACCGAGAUGGGCUUGAACGAAAUCAGUGAAGCCUCGGCCCGUACGCUCGAUUUUGCCCGUAUUUGGGCCCAGCGAUAUCAUCAGGGCAGUCGUUCUGGCUAUUUCCACGAGUCCCUCCCUGGGAUUCAUGAAGUCGACGAUAUCCUCCGACAAUCCCACCGCAUCUUUGAAAAUCUGACUCACUUGCGAGAAGUUGUAGUCGCUCAACAGACGGCGAUUUCUGAGCACCGUGCUCGACUGGCACGAACGACUCAGAUGGAGGACGACUAUCACGGAAUCUCAGAUGAGUACAGAGGGGUUGGAUAUGGACCAGGGGAUGGAAAAAAGCCGCGACGCGGAAAGGCCGCACCUCCAGGCCGAUGCCAUAGUUGCAAUCGUGCCGAAACGCCUGAAUGGCGCAGAGGUCCCGAUGGCGCACGUACAUUGUGCAAUGCAUGUGGACUACACUAUGCGAAACUGACACGGAAAAUGGGCGUCAACAAAGCAGCAGCUUUGACGGGCUCAAACCUUCGACCAAAACAUCUGGACCCAACGCGGCCAUGA